AUGGGUCCUACUCGGCUAGCUCGGCCUAGCAACAAGAUGCAACUUGAUGACGUGAUCCUACCACAGGAGGAGUUCGUGAUUCUGCGGGAGAGCGCGCGGUGGAUGGCGGUAGUGAAGGUACACACGACAAAGCACUUUGGAAAUCAACCUUUCUUCCAAAAGAUGGAUAUUUCAUGGGGCUUUGCGACGAAGUGGUCGAUACGGCCUGUCGGGGAGAACGUGUUCAUCCUCCAGCUCUCUUGCCUAGGCGACUGGAACAUGGCCAUGCUGGAGGGCCCUUGGAUCUUCCAUCAGCAAGGAGUGAUGCUGGAACCAUACGACGGGAUUGCUGACCCAAAAUCUGUAGUACUCAACCGGAUCCAUGCGUGGGUUCAGGUUCGAGGAAUUCCACCGCUUUUUCGGAAGGAUGGGAUAGUGAGAGAGAUGGCGGCGUGCAUUGGAGAGGUGCUCAGCGUCGAUCUGUAUGCUCUAGGCGAGAGUGGAACAAGCUUUGUACGGGUUCGAGUUAAGCUCGACAUCAGGAAACCGCUCACCCGAGUGGUGGGUUUGCACCCGGAAGGGAGCGAAAGAAUGACCUUUCAACUUCCAUACGAGAAGCUGCCAAAAUUCUGUGAAGUUUGCGGAGUUUUUGGACAUGGUGAUCUUGAGUGCGGGGAUGGAGUCCAUGAUGAGAGAUCCAAGCAAUACGGGUCAUGGAUGACCUCGCCGAUGGAAGAUUGGCACCCGCUGACAAGGUAUGGAAUUGUCAAUGCCUACAAGUUGUAG